AUGCACAUACUUCAUACUGCCCCAGGUGGGUGUGUAUGGAUGCGGGGUCGCUCCACGUAUUUCAAGGUCACUAGACCUGAUGGCAUCGCUCUCUCUGACCCUAUUAGCAAGACUGUGUGGGUGCUUCCUUCGAACAUCCCACCACCUCCUCUCCCACGUAGGGCACAGCAGGCCCAGCACCCACAGUCUAAUCGACCAUCUUCGUCCACUAAGCACCCAGACUACACAGACGCCACACCAAUAUCCUUUAGCCUUCCUGAUCCUAUGCAGACUGACUUUCAGGAUCAGCCCCGACCCACCCACUCACACUACUAG